AUGGCAAACAUCGAUACUCGCCGUGAGUUAGGGCUACGAAUGGCUCACUUGAAAGACACCGACGAAGCCAUAAGAAAUAUCUACGAGAAGACCUGUAUAAGUAUAGUAUACUUACAGUGCUAUUCAUUUACUGAGCCGAGUAUGACGACCAUGACCUGCACAGACGGUAUAGGCAUCGUAACCAAUGAGCCGGGAUAUAUAGUGACGUGCGCUCACAUAAUAGACGCCGAUUUAUCAACGCCUGUAACCAUUCAAAUGUUUCUCAUGGACGGGGAGGAUGUGGUAAGACUACCGACGGGUAGACUACUAAUGGAAUACGAAGGAUAUGUAGCUUAUAUGGAGCGGGAAAUAGACUGUGCACUCAUACGACUGGCACCGGUAUCUCUGCCGCGCUAUAUGUCCACCACAUUCUCGAGUACCGGCGUAAAUGUAGGCCAACCCGUGGUGGCUGUGGGCAGUCAUGCGAUUGCGUACUGUAUAAGCAAUGGUGUCGUCAAUUGUCUGGACAUGGAGUACGGGUCUAUAAGUCGUGGGUUUGUUUGGUACUCCGAUCAGUUAGAUCAUCAACGUAAUCAGUAUAUUACGCAUACCAGUCCCACAUUUGUAGGCUUUUCCGGAGGUCCAGUGUUUGAUACGGACGGACAGGUUGUCGGUAUGAUUACGAGCGGCGAUGAGGACAUUACAGAGGGAUAUGCCGUUCCCUACAACCAUAUGAUGAAGGAAUUCAUUGAAAGAGGGAUUGAUUUUGACAAACGACACGAUAAUGAGAUGAUAUCCAAAGCACUUGAAGAGAGACACGAAGUAACAUCUCAACGAUCUCUGGGUAUAUGCGUCCGCCCGAAACAAUGGGGUCGUUAUUCCCGAGCCCUAGUUGUGGAUCAAGUGAUGGGGAAUCGGGUGGUUGUCGGUGAAACCCAAUUCAUUCCGGGAGAUGAUGUGAUCACUGAAGUGAAUGGAAAUGCCGUCGAUUCGGUCGAGAGGUUGAGUCAAUUGAUAACUGAGACAAACACUGAAACUGUUGACCUAACUGUCCGUCGCUUUAAUGAUGAUACCGGCGAUUACGAUACCAUUACCCUUAUAGUGAAACCUGAGCCCAAAACCAGUCAAACCAGUGAUCCGGUUGAUCCCAAAGAGCUGCCGGAGUUCUUCGAUUCCUCCAAAUAUGCAGACAAAGAGCUGAUGGUUGAGCCACACGUUGACGAGUCGGACACCGAAGACCCCAAUAAUAAUGAUGGCGUUCCGGACGAAGAGGUGACGGCUUUCUUCAGAUAUAUGGAUAACAUGUAUUUCAGAGGCAGACUAUACGAGAGAGGGGUCCGGAUAGAGGUGUCGACGAGACUGAAGAAGAAUUGGACCCGAAUUGUGAAGACAACGGACUCGUAUGAGAUCCGUAUGACUCAUAUAUUGGUUGAUAAUGACCACAAACAUGAUAUGCCUGACUAUGUCUUGGAUGCUAUGAUCAAAGUUAACGGAAUGAUCGCUCGGGCAGACGGUAUGAUUAAGAAACCAUUGGAUAGUCUAUCGGAAAAACAAAACCAAAAACCAAAUGUCAAUGCAAUCAAUGAACCAAAAAAGACUACCGGUGCUGACGACUUGGGCGACGAAGAACUCGAAAAACUAAUCCUCAAAACCGAGAAGAUGUCGCUCGCGGCCGAAACCCUGGAGGAAAUGGAUCCCAAACCGUGUAUCAAUGAAUUGUUCCGGAGAUACGACAAGAGAUUCUUCGAUGGAUUGCUUCACGGGAAUGAUGUGGACGUCGGAUGGAGUUAUCAAAUGAAACGGAGUGCCGGUAUUACGUACGCUGAUCGGGGCGAUCGACCCAUUAUUAUACGGUUGUGUCGACGCCUACUAUUUAGAUCCCCGCGAAGAGAUCUCGUGGAGACACUCCUCCAUGAGAUGAUUCACGCCUGGAUGUUCAUACAUGGCGUGGAAGAGGAUAAUGGAGGACAUGGAAGGGUUUUCCACAAGAAAAUGGAUGAACUGAACCGCGAAACGGGUCUAAACAUAGCCGUCGGACACAAUCUUCCGGAUAUCGAUCCCAACGAUGAUAUGAAUCGGUUUGAAAAGACGCGACAGAAGAAGUGGCACAAGACUUGUGAUUAUUUGCCUGCCGUUUGAAUAUUUGUAUGAAUUUAUGAAUUAAUAUAAAUUUGUACCUAAUUUAUACCG